GCAGCACUCUGAUCUGAUGGCUCAGCCUGUUCACAGGAGGAGCUCUGCUGACACGUCAGAAAAGACACUUGUAAACACAUAGCUUGUAGCAGGCGAACCCCAGGAAAAAGACAGAAGACAGAGUUCAAACCUCACGCACAGGGCGCCUGCCUGUUUUCAAGAUGGACAGAAUAGGACCUUAAACUCUGGAGUUUAUGACUUGUCAAACAUAUGUAUAUUGAAUAAACCAACAAACUGUAAGUCUUUGUACAAGGCUGAUGGAAACAAUGGAUCAGAAGAUAAACUGUCCUAGCGUACGCAUUCCCAGCUAUGAUGAGCAUCGGGAGAAGAAGAAAAGAUUUACGGUUUACAAAGUUAUGGUUUCUGUGGGAAGAAAUGAGUGGUUUGUCUUCAGACGUUACGCAGAGUUUGAUAAACUGUAUAAUACGCUUAGAAAACAAUUUCCAGCUAUAAACUUAAAAAUACCUGCCAAGAGGAUCUUUGGAGAUAACUUUGAUCCAGAUUUUAUUCAGCAGAGGAGAGCAGGGCUGAAUGAAUUUAUCCAGAAUUUACUCCGGCAUACAGAACUAUGCAGCCAUCCUGAUGUCCAAGCCUUUUUAAAGCUAGACUGUGCUAGACUUCAGUCAGAUCCAUCAGAAGAUGAAGAUGAAAGAGCAGACCAGAAGGAUGGAUCACCUAUGCAAAAUGUCAACCUGGGACCAUCUGUGAAUCCUCAUGCUAAACCUUCAGACUUUGAAUACCUCAGACUGAUUGGGAAAGGUAGCUUUGGCAAGGUUGUCCUUACAAGAGGGAAGCGUGAUGGGAGGUAUUACGCAGUGAAGAUUUUACAAAAGAAAGUCAUUCUUAACAAGAAAGAGCAAAAGCAUAUUAUGGCUGAGCGAAAUGUGCUUCUGAAAAACGUAAAGCAUCCAUUUUUGGUGUGUCUCCAUUACUCAUUCCAGACCUCAGAUAAACUUUUUUUUGUUUUGGAUUUCAUUAAUGGUGGAGAGCUUUUUUUUCAUCUACAAAGAGAACGAUAUUUUCCUGAGCCCAGGGCACUUUUUUAUGCUGCAGAAAUCGCUAGUGCUUUGGGAUACUUGCACUCAAUUCAGAUCAUAUAUAGAGACCUAAAACCAGAAAAUAUCCUCUUAGACUCAAAGGGCCAUAUUGUUUUAACAGAUUUUGGACUUUGCAAAGAAGGGAUUUCAAACGCAGACAAAACUUUAACCUUUUGUGGGACACCAGAGUACCUAGCACCAGAAGUGAUAAAGAAACAGCCCUAUGACAACACGGUAGAUUGGUGGUGUCUUGGAUCUGUGCUGUAUGAAAUGCUGCAUGGCCUGCCUCCAUUUUACAGUCGUGACACGGCAACCAUGUAUGAAAACAUUCUGCACAAACCCCUGAUUACGCGGCCUGACAUAAACAUAACAGCAUCUGCAAUCUUGGAAGAGCUUCUUGAAAAAGAUCCAAAGCAAAGACUUGGAUCAAACAAUGAUUUUCAUGAAAUUAAGAACCAUCCAUUUUUUUCAUCCAUAAACUGGACAGAUCUGGUUGAAAAGAAGAUCCCUCCACCUUAUGAUCCUCAUGUGGACGGCCCAGAUGAUAUUUCAAAUUUUGACACAGAAUUUACAGACGCUAUGGUUCCAGACUCUGUCUGUAUAUCUUCAGACUAUUCUAUUGUUAACGCCAGUGUUGAAGAAGCAGAUGAUGCUUUUGUUGGCUUUUCUUAUGCGCCGCCUUCUGAAGACUUUUCAUUUUAGUAAAUGAACUUGAAAUAUAUUCUGUUUAGGAUUUCAUGAAUUAUUACUUUGCAGGAUAGAGAAAAUAUCCACCUUUAUUUUUUAUACAUGUUUGAAAAUGGCAUUGCUAGGAGUCUGUAAGCUAAUAUUGUCCCCACCAAUCACCAAAAUGGAGUGACUCUGGCACUUUGACAAGUAAAUGGUCUCCCUUUAACUUUUUUUGUACUCUAAAUUGGUUCACAAUUUGGCACUGAUUGAUUUCUUAAUAUAUCUUUAGAGUGAUUGACAUUCUGAUACAGAAUUCCAUAUCCCCUGCAUAGGCAUAUGAUUUAAAAUACAGCAUAGUGGUAACUAGCAUGCUGUUUUUUCAUUCUAUAUCUAUGCAGGAGAUUUGGCUCUGCAUAAGAAAAACAGACCUCAAACUAUGAUAAAAGACAAGAAAAUUAGACCUUUAAAUGACACUUUAUAAACAUCUAGAGAUUUCCUUGGGAGUGUUGUCAGCAUAUCUUGUGGGUAUGGGAAUUCUGAGUCUAUUCAUAAGUACAGUAUCCUGCGCAUAUUUGAUACGCAAGAUUUGAAGCUGUGUUAAGUCAUUUAGUUUACAUUGAACUCUGCAGCAAAAUUAGCAUCUUCAAAUUCUACACAUCAAAUAUAUUUGAUACUGUACGUGUGAGUUCACCUUUAGAGCAGGGUCCCAUUUCACACUGCGGAUGCACCGAUGCAUCCUCUGCUACGUACGGACACACAGAGCUACCUGCCCACGGCUGAGAGUUCACUCCGCCGUCCCUCUGUGGCUGCUGUCGGCACAACCGUGGCGUCAAAAAUGCUGCAGAUGUGCCCUAUGUGACCCUGCCCUAAACAGAAAGAGCAUGGUGUUCAAUUGUGUUGCACCCUUAUUACUCAAGUGAGCACUAAGGUGUCCGGCAGAUGAAGCCAUGCGGGUGCUAUGUUCUGAAAUGCCUUACUGAAAUUAAGAUAAAUACAUUUUUUUUAAACCUGUUACCUUUAUGACAAAUCAACCAUGUAUAUGGCUGAUGAAAUAUACAUAUGAAAUACUAGGAAUCUUAUUAUUCUGUAAAGCUGGUAAAAUCACUGAGCUUUUGUUCAGCCUUUAAAGGGAUUGUUCAGGACUUGAUGGCGUAUCCUUGGACAAACCAAUCAUUAUCAAUUUUGGUGACAUUCACAAAAUUCAGUCAAGACGCUCACUUCUUUAUUGUUUACCAGACACAGCUUCAUACCUUAGUUGUGGCUGUGCCUGGAAUUACAACUCAUUCACAUUUACUUGAAAAGGAUGAAGCUGUGAUGUGCAUUAAUGGUAUGCACAACCAUUACUUGAAGCAGUGUAUCCCCACCACGGUACCUCCAGCUGUUGUAAAUCUACAUCUCUUAGCAUCCCCGUGGAAGGAUAGGAUAGGAUGCUGGCAUUUGUAGUUUUGCAACAGCUGGAGGCACCCUGGUUGGGAAACACUGAAUUAAAGUAUGGAGCUGUACCUGAUAAACAAAGAAUGGUAUACCGUGUCCUCUGGAGCACUGUGGCCCCUUCAAAUAGCUGAUCGAAGGUGGGUGCCAAGUGUCAGACCUCAACAUCUAUUACAGUAAAACCCCCCCUAAAAGACCACUUUGUUGAGAAGGCCACCUUAUUAUCCAUGCCAGAUUUUCAUGUUUACAUUUAUUAUGCAUUCUUUGAGAAGACUUUCCCAUUGAUUGACCACUUUUUUGUGAAAUUUUGGGUGGUAUUCUUAAAGAGUUUUCACUGUAUUUAAAGGGGUCUUCCCAUAAAUUGAAAAACCAGCCAUUUCCAUUGUGUCUGUGGCCAGAAGAGAUAGUCUAUUGUGAAUAUUACAAUAACCUUGGUAUAGUUUUCCAAGGUUACUGUAUAAAACAGUACCCUAUGUGUUUAAAAAAAUAAUUUAAAGAAAGUUUGGAAUUUUACAGUCCUUCUGGGUAAACUAAUAGAAAUGUAUUGUAAAAGUGUGUAUUGUAAAUAAGAUAACCUGAUUAUAUAGAGUGUAUGGUAUUUUUUCCUCUAUUCAUACUAUAAACUUUAGGGUGCCAAUAACAGCAGAGCCACCUGUGUUGUGUAAUUUGUUUAACUUCUAUUGACAUUGAUGGGAGUUACACAAACUGCGGAGCCCUGUGAGCUACAUAAAUAGUGUAGCUUUCAGCGCUCCGCCAUUUGUACACCUCCGAUUAAUGUCAAUUGGACUUACGCAAAAUGCGUAACACAUCCAACACAGCUAAUUUCGGCACCUGACUAUCUCUGUCAGCCGACAGACUGGAGAUGCCGGGUGACCAUAUUUUCAAUUUGUGGGAAAAGCUCUAACACCAAUGACCUAUCUUUAGGAUAGGCCUUAAAGUCAUGGAUAACCCAUUUAAAAUAACUUCCCACUCUGUGUAAGACAAGGAUGGUGCUACGAUGGUUUCAUUUGAUAAUGCAGCUGUUGCUAAUGUCUGUGUAUAUUGUCCUGUUGAUGUUAAGUUGUGCCUUUUUGUUCAUUAUUCAGCAAGAUCAUUUUAAAACCUAGCCCUGAAAACAGAUCUUAUAGGAAUUGGUCAUUGCUCUAAAAAGGUUGUUUUGCUGACCCCAGGGCAGUGCUAUAAAGUGCAUUCCAUUUAUCUCUUUAAAUGUUUUAUAACCUUCUUUAAAGGGGUACUCUGCCCCUAAACAUCUUAUUUCCUAUCCAGGGGAUAAGAUGUCUGAUUAAGGGGGUGUGACCGCUGGGACCCUCCGAGAUCUCCAGCACAGCACCCCAGUCAUCCGGUGCUUGGAGCAAACUCUGCUCCAUGCUGCAUGGUGGCCGUCACGCUGCCUCUAUUCAUGUCUAUGAGAGGAGGCGUGACUGCUAUGUACUAGCCAUUACCCCCCCCCCCCCCCUUUCAUAAGCAUGAAUGGAGGGGGUGUAGCGUGAAAUCAAGAACACAGAAGCGACAAGCUUCCAUGUCCAGAACACUGCGGUGCCGGCCCGGAGAUCACAGUGGGUUCCAGUGGCCGGACCCCCAGGAUCAGACAUGUUAUCCCCUAUCUUUGGUCAAUAUUGGUCAAUUGUCGCAUAUACAAAUGCCCCUUAAAGUGUACUGUACGUUCACCUUAAAUUUUUUGUGUGCAUUUUCUAAUUCUAAGGUCCUCGUAUGUUCCUAACACAGUUUGUGAUACAGUGCAUACAUGGUGUAUCUUAAUACACCAUGUUGUUUUCUUCUGUUUAUCUUCUUCCUUUCUUUAGACCUUGUUGACACAACAAAAGCGUAAAUGGGUUGUCCGGAAUUACAGAAACAGUUUCACACCUGUCUGUAUUUUUUUAGUAUUGCAGUUCAGCCCUAUUGACGUGAAUAGAGCUAAGCUGCAAGACGACAAACAACUUCUGGACAGGGUGGCACUCCUUUUAGAAGAAAGCAGCAACGUUUUUUUAAACUGCAGUGUGUAAAAAAGGACUUAUGGUUUUCUAGAUCCUAUUAUGUCCAGCUGCUCAGUAAAAUUCACUGUGAAUGCUCAAUGCAAGCACAUGUAACUAUGUAUAACAAGGAGCUAUGGGCUUCACAUAUUUGUGACAACACAUGUAUGCUUCCAGAUCUCUAUUUCCCUUUCUUAAAUACAGUUUAUAAAGUGGGGUAUGAGACUCCUAUGCACUUAGCAUGCGUUUACAUGGACUUGUGUAUUAUAAUGGCUGUCAAAGAGCACUAACAAGUGACAGUCGUGUUUCAGAGCAAAAACUGAGAAAACCCUUUGUAAGUUUUGAUUUCAGGCAGCACUCUCAUUCAAACAUCCCAACUCCCAAUAUAAAGUAUACAAGAGAAGAAUUGUCAACACUCCAAGAAAUUUUUCGUAAAAGGCAGUUUAUGAGAAGGUGAUGUUUUUUUGUGCCCGACCCUACAUCAGACGUUUCCUGCCAUGUUAUCUAUGCAUCAAUAAAGAAACCUCAAUUUUCGCUGACUUUUCUUCUCUAGUAAAGGCCAGUGACAAUGUAAUGCUUUGUGCUAUGAUCGUUUUCUUUUUCCUUUACAGGAGGAAAGUAAAUUAGAUGGGUAAUAAUAUCCUAAAAGGGAUUUUUUUAUACAAUGUUUUCACCAGUAAAGAGGGGAUUUGGCUUCAGCUGUUACUUUACAUUAAAACUAAUCUGUUGCUAUGCAUUAAGAAUGGUGACCAUGCAUGCACAUCCAUCUCUCCACUGCUUAAUCUUGUAAAUUAUAGAUCGACACUUUAAAGGACUUGGAUAAUCGCAAGUACAAUAUAGAAAUGCAAAUUUAUUGUAAUAGUGAUAAAGAUGAUAAACGUUUAGUUAGGAUCUAAUAUAAAAGCUGCACUAUGUUUCUUUGUUUCUAUUAAACCAAUGCACGAAAACUGCCCCUAAAAAAAGAUAAUCUCAUCGUGUAAUUGAAUAUUUUAUAGUCAUCAUUCUGAUAAGGUCUAAUAAGGAAUCUAAAUUACAUGAGACUUUCACAACUACACUAUGCUUGAACAAUUCAGUUGUGAGCCAAUGUAAUUGUAUUUGGCAAUGAACAAUGGCUGGCACUUACACUCCAAAAUGUCAUCUUUUCAUCUUUGCAAUUUUUUCCUGUUAUGCCAGAUAUCUCAAAUGUAGCUUUACUCUUUGUACUACCUAAUGAUAUGAAAAAACUGGAAAAAAAAGCUAAAUUAGGAAUUGUGUGCCUUAUUUUUACUAUGAAAAAUCUAUUUUGUAACAGAGUCAUAAAUCGUAAUGUUUCUUGUUAAGAGUAAUUUUUUUAUAAUGCGACAAACUUUA